CACUUGCAGGAACACCUUACUCCGCUCGAGUGGUAGUUUGUGGAGAGAUUCGUAGGUUCUCGUAGACUCUGCCGUGCCAAUUUUGGACUAAGCUCCAUGGUAUUAGGAUGAUGGUUUCCCCCUGGAGCAGUCAUUAGAGGCCGCAACCUAACUCGGUCGCUGGACAAUUCAUAAAAUGACGUCAUACCGCUGAGAUUGCACGUGUUUAUAUCCCUCGCUACGAUCAAAUCAAUUAUGAUCGCAAUCAUGCUCUCCGUUCGUUUCCUUCCAGUCACUUCCAUGGCAACAUCGUUGUCCGUCCAUCGACCAUGGAUACUACGCGCAGGGCACGUAUGGCGCGUAUGAAGCUCGACGUCGCAGCGGCUCCUGAAGCGACGUGUUUGAAUCCACUCUGGUAGUUCCGGCUCCAAUUCAAGGCCUUGAACCGACCCGUACCGACCCGACCCGACCCGUACGGACCCGACCCCAAGUCAUCGCAGCGAGCGCACCAGUGUCGAGGCGCCUCAAAACUACACCCUCGCAGGACGCCUUCGAACUGCACAUCCCUUCCUUCCUUACAAGUCUUCAUCGGAGCGGUCUUCAUAACGCUUCAUCGCGUCCUUCGUCGCGUCCUUCAUCGCGUCCUUCAUCGCGUCCCUUCCGUCGCGUCGAGUCGACGAUCCACCAGCAUGGUAGCCCCCGAGCAUCUCCGCGCUUUCUGGAGCCGCUGCCUCAUCGGCCUCCGCACUGCCACCGCCGCGGUCCUCGCCGGCCUGCUCAUCCUACACGAGCCCUUCGCGUCGUGGUUACCAGUGCCCUUCUUCGCCGCCGUCCUCGCCAUCAUCGUCGCGGACCAGACCCUCGGCGCGUCUCUCCGCAAUGCCGCAUACACGCUCUCAGGCUCGGUUAUCGCCAGCAUCUCUUCCGCCAUCCUCUUCCGCCUCUUCAUGCUUCCGCCGCCGCCGCCUGCGCCCACCUUCCCCCUUUCCGCCUCACCGUCCCCGUCCCCCGCGCUCUAUCCUCCCCCGCCCCCCGGGUUUCCGCCUUCAGCUCCCCCCCCUCCAUCCCCACCCUCUCUCAACCUCGCCUCUCCAGAGUCCUUAUCCACCCUUUCAGUCUACUCGUCCCUCUCGCUCUACACUGAUGUGUGGGCGAGCCCGGCUGUUCUCCUGGUAACCCUAGCCCUAGCGACGGCUGUUCUCUCCUUCAUCGUCAUCCCGCCAAUCACUCGCAAGGUCGGCCUUGCCAUGCUCUCCAUCCUCCUCCUCCAAUUCUCCGCCGUCCUUCGCUCUGCUGACAACCUCCCUGCACCGUUCCGAACCGCUGGUCUUUCUGCUGGUGACGCCUCUGUUACUGCUUCUUCCGCCGCGGCUGCUGCUGCUGCUGCUGCUGCUGCUGCUGCUGCGUCUGCCAGUGAUUCUUCUAUAUACCCUGACGCGGCCUCUGCUCCCCGCAACGUCUUUGGCACAGAACCCUGGCUGUAUCCGCUCCGUUUCCUCUGCACCGCCCUCAUAGGCAUAGCCUGCGGCCUCCUCCCGAUGCUGCUCCCCCUCCCCGCCCUCGCCUCCUCCCAAGCCCGCCAGAAGCUCCAGUUUGCCGCCCGCUGCGCUGCCGCCCAGUUCCACACUCUGGCGGCGGCGUUUUGCCUGGUGGAUCCCCAGGCGCUGGCCACUGCGGCGAUUCAGGUGUGCAUCUUGGCGCGGGCGGCGCAGCCGAAUAUAUCCGCGUUGAAGGCCCUGGAGGCGGAUAUAUGGUGGGAGGAGCAGUUGGUUGAGCCGCUGAGGAGGUGCUGGUACUGGGUGCAGUGGGGGGUGUGGCGGGUAUGGCUGAGGGGGAGACAGGCGAGGCAAAGACAGAAGGAGAGGGAGCAACAGAGGCAGAGGCAGAGGCAGCAGCAUACCCCUGUUUUGGCUUCCCAGACAGAAGCAGCAGCAGAGGGGGCAGCAGCAGCAGCAGCAGCAGCAGCAGCAGCAGGGGCGGGUGUCGCGAGUGCAGUUGUGAGUGUGAGAGCCGUGCCGUGCCCAAGCAAAGUGGAGGCGUGGGGGAGAGUGAUCCGGGGGUUGCAGGCAGUGGACGUGCACCUGCACGGCAUGCGCAUGGCGCUCGACACGGGGCAGAUCAAGGAGUCCCCGCCCGCUCUGCUGCACGAGCUCAGGUCGCCCCUUGUACUGCUCGCGCGGUCUGUGGGGCUGUGCCUGACGUAUGCUGCGGAGGCGCUGGGGGGAGUGGGAGGGGGGGGAGGGGAAGGGGGAGAGGGAGAGCGAGGGGGGAAGGGAGGGGGUGAGGGAGGGGGGAAGGCGGAGCAGGAAGGGGGGGAGAAGGGGGGGAUGGAAGGGGAUAGAGAGGCUGGCAGGCGCGGGAGCGAAGGAGGUGCGUGUGGGGAUAUGGAGAUUUGUGGUGGUGCUCUGAGGGGCAGGGAUGUUCUGGGGCAGAGGCAGAAGCAGGAAUGGAAAAUGAAGGAGGCGGCAAAGCCAGCUGCUGGGGGGGUUGGCGGUGAUGCUGGUGGUAAUCACGCUACUGCUGCUCGGGAUGCGGCUGUUGGUGACGCGGCUCCUGCUGCUAAUCCUGCUGCUGCUGACGAGGGUGUGGGUGCUCAUAGAAGCACCCCGGUUCCACAACAGCGGUGGCGGCAGUGGUGGUGGUGGCCGUGGGGCGGGCACAUGCAGCGGCGGCGGCGGCAGUGUGUGCACGAGCAUGUGGAGCAGCUGCUGAGGGACGGCGUGCAGGCAGUCACCCAACUGGAUGCCGCACUUCUGCGAGGCAGAGAGCUCGCUUACUACUGCCUCACGGAUGGGCAAGCAGGGAGGGAGGAAGAGGGCGUGGGUGAGAGCGAGGGCGAGAGUGCUUUUCAGGCUGAGAAGGGCCUUUUGGGGUCAGGGCACAUAGAGAAGAGGGGCGUUGAGGCUCUGGAACAGGGACACACACCCAUGCACGCAAACCCACACACACCCCCGCACCCACCUCCUCACAGUCCUCCUCACUCAUCCCCGCCACUACCCUGCAGCGGCGCACAAUCCCCGCCGCACGACCCGCGUGCGUUUGUGAGCAGCACGCACGCGUCGAGCCUGGUAGCGUCGCAGUUCUUCCUCUUCAACGCGCGCCAGAUGGCCAUCGAGCUCCUGCACGUCGCCUCCGACAGCUGCUGCCGCCACUGCCGCUCCGCCCACGCCACUGCUGCGGCUGCUGGUCCUGGUGCUGGCUGCCCUGGUGCUGCUGGCGCCACUGCUGCUGCUGGUGAUAGCGAUGCUGGUGCUGCUGGUGGCGGUGGUGCUGGUGCUGGUGGUGGUGGUGGUGCCGCUGUUUCUGGUUCUAGGGCGCGGUCCUCCUCCUGCUGCAGGCAUAGUAGUGUGCGGGGCAGUGUGCGAGACAGCAUGCAGGAGGGCAGUGUGCGAGGGGGCAGGAGGUCGUAUGUGGAACCAGAGGAGCUUUUCAAUUCCAACCCUGCAGCUGCCACUCCUGUUGCUGCUGCUGCUUCUACCGCUCCUGCUGAUGUUGCUUCUGAUUCAACCCCCCAUAGCAACAGCAAGUCUGUGCAACAUGAUGCAGCCUCAAUGACGUCAAUGGUGCCACUGCCAAUGACGCCAUCCCCAUCCGGAAGUAGGAGCCUUUCUCGCUUCAGCACCCUCUCCACACCUCCACCCGAUGCCGCUACCCCUCCUGCUUCUGCUACUGCCGCUUCUGCUGCCGCUGCUGCUGCUACGAGCAACCUGCCAUCGACUAGCAGGCUCUCCUCUGCUAGUACCCGCUCCUCCCACUCCUCUACCGCGCUACCGCACGCUUUGAGCGGUGCUGGCACUACUAGUAGGCGCUCCUCUGCGUCCUCUGCCGCACUGCCCCAGGCUUUAAGCGGCUCCUCCUUUUCCAGGCGGUUAUCUCACGACCACACGCGCCUGCCCCAGGUGUUGUCUCUAGACGACGUGACUAUAGCGGUUUCUGGAGGGGGCAUGCGGGGAGGGGUGGGUAUAGAGGAUGGGGAGGACGAGGAGGAGGAGGACGAUGGGGAGGAAACUGACGAGGAGGGCGGGGGGAGUGAGGUAGGGAGUGUGAGGGAGGGAAGAGAGGUGGGAGGGAGAGCGAGGGGAGUGAGAAGGAAGCAGAAGAGGGAGGAGACCCAGGGGAGCCAACAGACAGGAAUCGCCGCUCGCUGCUUUGGUCGUUUCGGCGCUGUGUGCCUGCCUUGUGUAUACGUCUACUCUACAACCACUCGCCUUCUCUCCGUCCUCCGCUCCCUCCUCUCUUUUCUCCUCGCAACCGCCGUCUCAGUCCUCACUUCCGUCUCUGCCUCUUUCACAGGUAAAGACGCGCCACAGCGCGCAAUUGCCUCCUUCAAAGUCACCCUCGCUAUAGUCACAUCCGCGUUAUUAGGCGGUCUAGUCUCCCCCACGUUCGACUUCUGGGCGGCAGUCACUGUCGCGUUCGUUUCAGGGGGGUACCAGGGAGGGUCGUUCAAAGCGUCGAUGCUGCGGCUGCAGGGGACGGUAGCAGGGGCAGUGUUUGGGUACCUGCUAGUGCCUCUCACCACGACCCGUCUGCCGUUGCUGCUGGCAGCGCUGGGGGUAUGGGUAUUUCUGACGUCCUUUGUUCGGACUAGCAAGGAGUACGGGUAUGCUGGCGUUGUGGCUGCCUUCACUGCUGCUAUCAUCAUGCUAGGCUACCCUGCUCUUAGCGGAUCCCCUUCCCCUUCCCCGUCCUCUCCCUCCUCCUCCCCUCCCUCCUCCUCCCCUCCCCCCUCGUCCUCCUCCUCUCUCUCUCUUUCCGACCUGACAGUAGAGCACUAUGCGCUGCUGCGAAUCACAGAGACAUGCAUAGGGCUUGUAUCAGUCAUUCUAGUGGAGCUGUUAGUCCUCCCCACCCGCGCUGCCGCUCUAGCCCGUGCUGAGUUAGUAGCGAAUAUUACUCGCUGCCGUGUCUGCGCUGCUACUGUGGCCUGGUCGUAUUUCGGAGGGACGUUCGAGAGGAGGUUCGGCGGGAGGUUCGGCGACGGGCCCGAUGGUUCGGGGGGGAAAAGAGAGGAUUUCUCUGUUGAGAUGAGUCAGCAGGUACCUGCAUCCUUGGGACAUGAACUGCACGGUGCUGUGGGAACAGAAAGGAAGGCGAAUGGAGGGAUGGAGAGUGGUGUGGUGCAGUUGAACGGGGAGCGAGAGGAGCGGUGGCGCAAGGAGAAAGCCCAAGCAGUCAAGCGAGUGGCAGAGCUGCAAGCCGCCGUGGCUGCAAGCGUGGCUCGGCAGCAGGUGUUCCUCGACGAGGCUAUGGCCGAACCUGAGCUCUGGCACGCUCCCUUCCCCGAGCCUGCGUAUAAGAGGCUGCUGGCUAGCCAGCAGCGGAUGCACCAGCUGCUUUACUUUAUGGACUGCAGCUUAAGAGCUGUCGCUUCUAUUGAGGAGAUAAGCAGUGGAGCAGUGACAGAGCAGGCGGGGGUUACAAGCGACGUUAUGCCCGCCGGAACGGAGGAUACGAUGACGAGAAUAGGAAGGAAAGAUGCAGCCAGAGUAGAUCACAGAGUGGAUUACAGCACAGGCCGGAACAAACCAACUGCAGCCGCAGCCGCAGCCGCAGCCGCAGGGGCAGCCGCAGGCGCAGGCGCGGGUGCGGGUGCAGGAGCAGCAACAACAUCCAGCGGCCCCUUAGCAGCAGGAGUGGGAGGGAAGUUACUCCAUGGGAAACCUAGAGAGGCAGCAGCCAGCGCUCCUUUACUGGCAGCAGUGGUAACCACACCACCACCACCACCACCCAGCAGCGGCCCACUAGCAGCAGGAUUGGGGGUGAAGCUGCUGCACGGGAGGCCCAGUGAGACGGGCAGGGAGGUAGAGCGGCUGGUACGGCCGCUGAGGGGGGCGUUGAGGGAGCUUGAGAGUGAGAUGGUGGUGGCGCUGUGGACAAGAGUGAGGAGAUGGAGUGAGCCUGCUGGUGUGAGCGAUGGGGCACGGGUGAGCGACCAUCGCUCCCCUCUCUCCCGCUCUCGCCCUCCUCACUCUCCCACCUCCCGCAGCCACCACCACAACCAUCCCCAUCGCCACCACCCCACCCAAGACCGCACGCUACAAUGGCUGCUCCCCUCUCUCGCCGCCUCCCUCCCAGCCCUCCCCCCACUCCCCUCCCCCCACCGCCGCUCCUUCGCCUCCCCGCACCACCACCAGCAUCACAGCUUCCUUUCUUUUCCUAGCUGGCGCUGGCGGGUGCCCCAGGUGCCUCAGGUGUCUCAGGUGCCCCAGGUGCCUCAGGUGCCCCAGGUGCCUCAGGUGUUGUGUGGGAAUUUGAGCACCAGGAAAGGAGCACAGGGACACAGGGACGGUCUGCAUGGUAUUGGCUUGGACGAAGAAAGGCCAGGCGGGGAAGACCGCAGCAACAGACGAAGUAAUCCCAAUGAAGGCAUGUACAACGUGCACAGCAGAGGCAGGCAAGCAGGGCAGGCGGGGGGGGCGGGGCGAGCGGGGCGAGCGGUGCGGGUGGGGAGAGCGGGGAGGAAGCGAGCAAUGGAGGCGUUUGUGCGGGAGUACAACCGGGUGCUGGAUGUGCUGAUAGCGAGCAAGCGGCAGCACCCGUGGGAGAGCAUAGUGCGCAACUCGGCGAUGCUGUCGUUCAACUCGCUCGUGUUCAGCAUGCAGUCGCUCAUGGAGGAGAGCGAGGAGCUCGCCAGGAGCGCCAGAGAGAUGCUGCUGGUGGAGCAGCCCUUAAAUGUGGGGCACAUGGCUGCCAUACGGUUCACGUGACGGGGGGGGUGAGCAAGAUGUGAUGGUGAUUGUGCUCGUGGUGGUGAGAUGAGAAGGGUUCAAAGGCGGUGCGGCCCAGGAGAUGCCCGAGCAUCACGUGAACUGUAUGGAAGCGAUAAGCUGACUUUUGAGUCGACUCAAAAGUCGGCCGGGGAGAUGUAUUUUAAGUCGACUCAAAAGUGGGUCCAUAUCAGCACGCGUGGUGUUUGAGGGCACUGCUUUUGAGUCGACUCAAAAUACACCGGGAGAUGCCGGAGCAUCACGUGAACUGUAUGGGAGCGAUAAGCCGAUGGAUGUGGGGCAUAUGGCUUCCAUAUGGUUCACGUGAUGGUUGGGCGUGAGACGAGGGGCAUGUGUUGGGGGGGCAUGAUGGGAGAGCUCCGGUGGUGAAUCAAAUGAAACUUUAUAU